AUGAUGCAGACUAAUAAAAUAUCAAAGAUCGUAGAACUAUGUGAAGGGCUUCCUCUUGCACUGCUCUUGGCUGGUGGAGAAAUAGAGGAUGAUAGUAGCUCGCUUGAUGUAGACGAUGUUAUUUAUUUACUUAUUCACAACAGACUGGGGAUAUUGAGCUCAGAAUGCUACUCACAAGACGAACAAAUCGAAUCAAUUUAUAAAGUUUACCUAGACAGACUUCCAAAAAUCUUGGAAGAAAAGUUAACAGUUGUGAGUUACAUACCAGGGACAUUUGAUUUGAAAGAAGCUAUCAAUUUAUUAGGUACUGGUGAAGAAGAAUCAGAAGUUACAGUACAAACUUUUUUAGAUCGACAUUUAAUUUCACGAGUUACGGAAGACCGAUUUGAUAUCCAUGGAAUUUUAAGAGACUGCAUGAAGGAAUACAAAAAAAUUAAAGACAUAAAGGGUGUUCGAAAGCGCUUUUGUAGGAUAUUUUCUGAUAUUCUAAAGGAAAUCGAGAGGAGAACUCACACGAAAAAUUACUCCGAUGCCUUGUGUCAGUUGAAUGUAGAACAUCAAAACUUUAUGAAAUUGUUUACCGAUGUCAUUUAUUGCACGGAAGAUACAUAUCACGUGUUCGUGGACUUAGCAGCAACUGUCAUUGCUGAUGGAUCCAUCAUGUUCUCAAAAAUGGCAACAUACAGCAUUGGCAUAGACUUUUAUGAGAACUGCCUAAAGAAAGCUCAAGAAUUUAGACAAGGUUUGGAUGAAGCAAAGAUAUUAACUGGGUAUGGAAAAGCCUUGACAAAUAUCAAGGGUGACUAUCUUGGAGCCGAAGAGAAAUUCCAAAAGGCGAUUAAAAUUCGAAGACAAUUUCCUGAGAAAAGAGAUUACUUCUUGGCUCUUCUAUGUCAGAGCUAUGGAUGGAAUCUAGGAUCCCAAGGGAAAUUUAUGGAUGCCAUACGAUUCUUACAGGAAGCCUUUGAAGUGGAAAGGGAGCUUAAGAUGCAUUACGAAAACCUGAUUUUACAGACAAUGCAGUCUCUUGCUUUAUUUUAUAAUAAGUCAGGUAACGUCGACAAAGGGGAACCUUUUCAACUUGAGGUUCUAAAGCGUAGACUUCAUAUUACUGGAACAGAAAACCAUCCCAUCAUUGGAUCUUCUAUGAACAAUAUGGGUGUAAUGUAUGAAAAGAAAGGGGACUUCAUAAAAGCUGUUGAAUACUAUAGAAAAGGGCGUCGUAUCAAAGAAAAAACAAAUGCACCCCUAAAAGCAAUUAUAAUAUCUGAAACAAAUUUAGCUCAAAGACUGUUGGAAUUUGGUCAAAAUGAAGAGGCAUUUGACUUACUUGAAAACAGUUUCAAACGCCUCGAAGAUUUUCCUCAUCUCGAUGCAAAAUCCUUGCUCUGGGAAUCAAUGGGUAAAGCGCUUUUGAAGAUUCAUAAAUUUAGGGAGGCGUCAGAUGCCUUAAAAAAAGCAAGAGGAUUACGAUCUCAAAGCUCUGUCAACGAUACCUCUAUUUUAGAAUUGAUUUGUUUGUACGCAGAAAGCCUACUAGCAUUAGGAAAGAAUGAAACAGCUAUCAAAGUAAUACAAGAAGGACUGUGCUUACGUGAUAUAAUUAUCAAGAAUAUUCCCACUUGUCCAUUCAUAGUUUUGACAUAUGAAAAAUUAUUGGACGCACAGUUUGCAUUGAAGAAACAGAGGGACAUAAAAGAAACGUUUGAAGCUGGAAUAGGUGAAUUUUUGCGGUUGAUAAAAGUGUACGAAGAUUUAAGAAAUUUUGAUAAACGAGAGGAUGUCCUGAGGCAUCUGAAGAGGUUCAAAUCCAGAUAUUCAGAGAUGAUAAAAUACUUUCAAUGUGACCAUUUUGUUGAUCGUAUCGAAAAUGAAUCGUUUGUUCUAAAACUUUUUUGGGGAUCAAGAAUGAUUUGUUUUGCAUUGAUAUGUUUUUUGCAUGAACAUUAAAAAAAGUUUUCAUUU